AUGAUGUAUCCUAGAAAACCACCUACUAAGGAUGAGCCCAAGUCUCGUAAGAACUUAACUCAAUUUUAAAGGGAAGAAUUAAAGAGAGCUGUAGCAGAAAGAUUGUCAAAAAAAUAUGGUAUCAAUAAUACAGACUUGAUUUUUGGAGAGGUGGCUAAUUAUAUGAAUGAACAUUAGAAUAUAACAGCUGAAGGUCUCAAGAAUUUAGAGGAAAAUAUUAAAGCUUAAACCACAAAUAACAAAAAUGCAGCACCUAUUCGUUAAGACGAUGAAGAAUCUGUUAAAUCAGGUAUUUCUAAAAUGUCUGGUGCUUCUAAUUUCGAUGCAGUUGAUAAAUAUACUUAGAAGAAAUCUUUGACAGAAAUAAAUGGCGAUGCAAAAAGCGAAGCAAGCAAGACUAAAAAAUUAUAAGGAACUUAAAUUAAAAAACCAGAAAAUGAUUUAGGUUUUCUUGAUGAAGAAAAUGAAUGGGCCGCUAUAUACAAAUAUAAUAGAUUUCUUUAUGAUAAAGAAGAGGAAAUGAAGAAAAUCAAAAAGUUAGAGCAAAUUAAGCAGAUUCGUAGAGAUCUUGAUGCAUAAGUUGAAGAAAAGAAAAAAAUAAAGGACUAUGACAAGAAAGAAUCAGAAGGAUAUUCUAAAAAUAUGUAAAUUCAAAUGGAAAGAUAUGAUGAGAAAGAAAAAGAAAAGGAAAUGCAAUUGUAACUCAUUAAAGAUAUGGAAAAGGCUACUCGUGCUAAAUAAAUUAAGGACAAUAAGUAAAGACGUAGAUAAGAAGAUAAAUAGUAAAAAUAACUCGAUGCCUACUUGAUGCAAAAAGUUAAAGAAGAACUCGAGGCUGAGUAAUAAUACUAAACUUUCAAAAGGGAACAUCAAGCUUAAGUUAUGAAAAAGCUUUUGUAAGAAAACGAAGAAAGAAAGGAAAGACUUAGAAAGGAAGCAGAAUAAGAGAGACAAGAAAAUAUUUAAUUGAUGGAUGCUUAUUGCCGCUUAAUAGCAGAGUAAGAGCAAGAAAGAGAGAAAAAUAUAAAGGAACGUGAACAUAAGAUGAAACAUUAUUAAAAAUUAGCUCUUGAGCAGGUUGCACAAGAAAAUGAAGAUAAGCUAGGACAAAUGGAAAGAAGAAGGGAAAGAUACCACUAGCGUCAUGAGAAGAAACUCGACCAAAUGGAGCUUGAUUAAAAGAAAAAAAUAAAAGAUUAAAAGCAUUUUAUGAAAGAUUAUCUCUUUAAAUAAAUGGCUGAAAAAGAUGAACGUAAACGUAAAGAAAAAGAUUAAUUCAAUGAACAAGCUGUGAUUUGGAAGAAGGAUAAUGAAGAAUUCAUUAAAUUCGAAGAAAAGAAAAAGAUAGACAAGCAAGGUGUGAUGAAUACAUAUGCUUCAACACUAAAGGAGUAAAUGGCUGACAAUGCAGUUCUUAAAAAGACUGCAUUACAGGCUAUGAACGAAAACGAAACUCUUCUAAAUAAGAGAUUGCUCUAAGAACUUGAUGAUAUGAGAGACUAGAUUAAAAAAAAAUAAUAAUGA